CUCCCGCCGCUUCACGCAGCCGGCGCCUCCAUUCUGCUCCCUCCCCGCCUUUUCCACUCAGGCUCCUCGGCUUCAUAUAUAUUCGCACUCCUCUCCAUUCCGCACUCCCUCCUCCACGCCGCAAGUGCCUGGGGGCUUCUUCUCUAGGGGGGCGCGAAGUUUCCGGCAUUUGCAAGCAGGUCCCUGCCAUGGACAGGAAGCAGGGCUUCUUCUCGGCGCUGCGGGAGGAGGUGGCGCGCGGGCUGUCGCCGGCGCGGGCGCGGCGGAGGUCGGCGUCCAACGCGGCGGAGGUGGCGGCGGCGUUGGCGCUGCGCGGGGGAGGGGAGGCGCUCGCGCCGCUCAUGGAGGGCCCGGAUCCGGAGAGCGCCGGCGCCGGCGGCGCGCCUCGGGCGGGGUGGUGCCGGUGGGUGCGCGGCCAGCUCCAGCUCGCGCGCGUGCCGUCGGCGGCGGCGGACGCGGGCGCGGCGAGGCGGAACGACCUGAGGCUGCUGCUCGGCGUCAUGGGCGCGCCGCUCGCGCCAGUGCACGUCUGCGCCGCCGAGCCGCUGCCGCACCUCAGCAUCAAGGAGACCCCCAUUGAGACCUCGUCGGCGCAGUACAUUCUGCAGCAGUACCUGGCUGCCUCCGGCGGGCAGAAUCUGCUUUCCUCUGUCCGGAACGCCUACGCCAUGGGCAAGGUGCGGAUGGUGGCUACCGAGUUUGAGACGGGCGGCCGUGCCGUGAGGAACCGCAUGGCGGCGCAGCGCGCUGAGCCUGGCCGGUUCGUGCUGUGGCAGAUGGCCCCAGAGAUGUGGUACAUUGAGCUGGCCGUCGGUGGGAGCAAGGUGCAUGCCGGCUGCAACGGCAAGCUUGUGUGGCGCCACACCCCGUGGCUUGGCGCGCAUGCUGCCAAAGGCCCUGUCCGCCCUCUCCGUCGCGCCCUUCAGGGUCUGGAUCCAUUGACCAUAGCAAGCAUGUUUGCUGGAGCACGGUGCAUUGGCGAGAGGAAGGUGAAUGGGGAGGAUUGCUUCAUUCUGAAGCUGUGUGCAGAUCCUGAGACGCUGAGGGCGCGCAGCGAGGGGCUUGCGGAGAUCAUCCGGCAUGUUCUCUUUGGGUACUUCAGCCAAAAGACCGGUCUUCUUGUCCAUCUUGAGGAUUCUCACCUCACCCGAAUCCAGUCAACGACCGGAGGAGAUGCAGUUUACUGGGAGACUACCAUCAAUUCUUUCAUCGAAGACUACCGUCCGGUGGAGGGUAUAAUGAUUGCACAUUCUGGGCGGUCGGCUGUGACCCUAUUCCGUUUCGGAGAGAUGGCUAUGAGCCACACCAAGACUCGUAUGGAGGAGGCAUGGAGCAUCGAGGAGGUUGCGUUCAAUGUCCCUGGCCUCUCCAUGGAUUGUUUCAUCCCGCCCACUGAUAUCAAGUCUGGAUCUGUCAGUGAGACUGUUGAGCUCCCGCACGGUGAGAAGAGCAAGGUCGGUCUUCUCCCAUGCCAUCGUGCUAAGGUUGCGGCUCUAGAGAAGGCAGUUGAUAACGUUGCAUUGAGCGGAGCCCUACAGCUAGAUUGCAAGUGAUUGGUAGCCCGUCCAUACUCGCUUCUUGCAUUGCAACUGACUGAUUUUGAUGGAUGUAGGGUAGAAACAAAGAGCUAAGGAGGAUUUGGAGCUUUACCAUUCCAAAUGUCCUCUGUAAAUAUGAUGCUUAAGGCACUCACAUGGUCUUCCAUAUCCCAGAGGAGGCCUUGUGUGAAGAAUAUCUGUUGCAUUUCUUUUUGUCGGUACCUCAUGGAAGAAGAACCAGGGGUGUUCUUCUCCAUCCAACCACAUGAUAAGGAUCAUGGUGGUGGUGCUUCUUUCUGUCAUAGCAACACUAAUUAUCGGACGCCAGCGAGGAAGAAGGAUUUCUUUGCCGGCAAUGGAGAGUGAUUCGUCGUCGGUCGUCGCGUUGAUUAGUAGUCCAGUAUGGUUUGGUUGGUGAUAGUCUGUGGUCAACUAACUUUUAGGGGGGAAACGUUGUAAGCUGUGGGUGGUCCUGAUGGGGAUCAGGUUGUUUACCCUUUCCUUCACAUCUCUCUUAUUUAGCAUGAGAUGGUGGUUGUAUCCUGCAGAAGUUUGAUGUAAGCCAAAACUUCUAUGAAUAUCAUGGCUUGAAUUGUUUUUUGUUGUGCA